UGAACGGUACUUUCAGAGCCACGCCAGCACAAAGGAACUCCAAAUAUUGCUCCCAGUCCGCAUGAAAACUCUCAGGACCCAUCAGUUGGAACUGCCGUCGUGAGUGCGACAAUGCGGCCCACUUUCCUAGCACUGCUGCUCAUCACCCGCUUUGGAGGAUUUCUUGGCAUUGGAUAUGAAACAAUGUGCACUUCCAACGCCUGCUUCACGCUACACACGCAGAAGGUGAGCUUUGACCAGGCCGAUCGAAGCUGUUUCGAUAAUGGAGGCUACCUGAUGACAGUCAAAGACAAAGAAGAGGACCAUCAUCUCCACUCGCUCCUCUCGUUGGUCCAGCAGGACGAGCAUUUUAAGUUCUGGAUCGGGUUAAAGCUGCAUAAAGGGGAUUGCGUGUUAGCCGACAAGCCACUCAGAGGCUUCAAGUGGAUCUCUGGGGGGGGAGACCCGCACUUCUCCAACUGGGAGAAAGAGCCCGUGGACACGUGCACUGAGCGAUGCGUGCGGAUUACCUACAACCCCACAGGUGAGAACACUUUGAAAUGGACUGCCGGACCUUGCAAAACUCCCGCCUUUUAUGUGUGUAAGUUUUACUUCAAAGGAAUGUGCGAUGCGCUGCUUGUGUCGGGCUCCGGACGUAUAUCAUACACGGCUCCUUUCUCCGAGGAACCCCUGCAAGCUGAGAUCACAUCCCUGCCACUCGGAACAUACGCCAAGGUCACGUGCGGUGCUCAGGAGUCCCACUUUUCUGUGUGCAUGCGGAGCAACGAUGAGUAUCAGUGGACUGUGCAAGGUCCGUUUUGUGAGACCGAGAAGGGGAAAUGUGCGGUCAACAACGGCGGGUGUGAACAUUUGUGCCUGCAGGACUCGGAUCAGGUCCGAUGCCUCUGUAACCAAGGUUUCACCAUUGAGGAGGACGGACGUUCUUGUAAGCCACAAGGCGUGUGCGCCGCGGACGCUUGUGAAUACGAGUGCUCGGCGGGGGAGUCUGGACCGGUCUGCAAGUGUCCCGACGGGUUCAAACUGGAGGCAAACCUACGUAACUGCUCUGACACUGACGAGUGCCAACAACCGCACGCAUGCCCUGAUCAUUGGUGUGUCAACACACAUGGCAGCUACGUGUGCGCAUGUAAGGAUGGCUUCCAAAUGCUUCAUGGCAAAUGUCUGGAUUUAGACGAGUGUGCACACUCCGAAUGUGAACACGGCUGCUUGAACACACUCGGAUCCUUCUUCUGCUACUGCCAAGAUGGCUUCACAUUGUCAGCGGACGGCUACUCGUGCACGGACGUCGACGAAUGCACCGCCGAGCGCUGUCACUUCGAAUGCGUCAACACCGAAGGGAGUUUCAGGUGCGUAUGCCCCGGGGGGUUGCGUGCGGACACCACCGGAACAGACUGUGUUCCGGACGUGACCGAUGCACCGUUGCAUGAGUUAAAGGGGCAGGCGACACAUGCCACCGUCACUGAGACCGUGUCUACGAUGGCAGUGGAGCUCCAGAGAUCCACUCCCGCGGAUGUUGCUCCCCCGCACGUGCCGACUGUCACGCCGAGCAACGCGUCCCUGGCCGCCAGCGCCAAGGCGGCCAGCUCCAGAGUGCUGAUCUGUGUGCUGGGCUCAGUCCUUCCUUUGCUGCUUUUGGUCCUGGCAACAAUGACCGUCGCCAUCGUCCGCUGCAGUCGGGCUAGAAAGGAAGCAAAGAAAACGGCGACGGACGGUUAUUGUUGGGUGUCCUCCGGUUUAGACCCACGCCUCGAGAAACUCUAUGAAUCCAUUUUAACUGAUGACCUAUGACCUCAUGGAGGGAACUGCCUUCGUUGUCUGUAUAAUUUAUCUUCAUGCAUUCUUAUGUUCUCUUUCUUUCUGAUUCCUUGCACACUCCCAUGCACUCACAGACAACUCUAGGGUUGACCUGUUGUUGAUUGCCAGCACAAGAAUAUGACAAUAAUAGUCCAUCCAUCCAUCCAUCUUCUUCCGCUUAUCCGAGGUCGGGUCGCGAG